AUGAAAAGUACACAUCAAAAAGGUCAGAAAUUCUGUGUGAAUAACGUUUGUGCUUCAAAGAUGAGAAAGAAACAAUUAUCCUCAACCUGGAUUUUUUAUAUCAUCCAAUUGUGCUAUCAUUUGAGUCUUGCUACCUCUCAAGCUGUUGUUCAAAGCAACACAAUCGUUUAUGGGAACAAUCCUCCAGAAUAUGACAAUGGUUAUAUUGUAUUGGGCGGAGCUUACCUGGCAUUUCAGGAUAUGACUACUGUUGCAAUGUAUGAUACUGUUAAAGUUCAAAAAGGAGGUGCUUUGUAUUACCUUAACAAUGGUUUGGAUGGUUUUAACAUCAUAUCGGAAAAUCAUAUUUUGGGAUUUUUCAAUUUUGAAAAUAAUGGAACUGUUGUUGUUGAUGAUAGAAAUAGUACCACUGCUGGUACAUGGAAAAUAGAUAACCAUCUCUUUAGUUACCAGUUCCUUUAUUAA